AUGCCAGUUACGACCAAUUUGAAAACUGUUUUCGCAUCUUCGCUAAGAAGAAUAUGCAGCAAAGCAGCGGAAAACGCUCGCAUUAUUGACGAAGAUGGGCCAGAUCUGCCGCAGCGUUUACUGGAAUGUUUCUUGAAGCUGGAACGUUUGAAUGAUUUGGAAUUCAGAUCCGUUCACUUGCUUCGAGGGCGCCGGUCAUUUUCCCACAUAUAUGGCGGACAAUUAGUUGCCCAUUCUCUGAAAAGCGCUACGGAAACUGUGGACCAGGCACUUUCACCUCAUUCAAUGCACUGCUACUUUGUUAAUGCAGGUUCCGUAUUGGAGCCAGUACAUUAUAAUGUGGAACGUAUUAGAGAUGGAAGAAGCUUCGCUACACGUUUAGUGAGAGUUACACAAAAUGACAAGCGAGACCAGCCAAGCACUAUGCGACACGAGACGAAGAUCGAAAUGCCCGCAGGUCCGGAUGGUCUUCUUACUGCAAGAGAUUUGAUGAGAAACUGUCUAGAUGCUUCGAACUCGGAUAAGAUGACGCCUACAGAAGUCUUCAGUGCCUACAAACUAGCUGAAUUCCCACCUACCUUUCAUCGAAUUUUCGAGGCUAGGCCGGUGGAUCAACAAAUUUACAAGCCAGAUUUGAAGGGACCGCUGCAUCGGCCUCAGUAUCAUCUUUGGAUCAAACCUGUUCUAGACAUCGGUACUAACCCUUUGAUGCAACAAUACAUGGCAGCUUACAUAUCAGACUCAACUCUGGUGGAAACCGCGAUAUUGCCGCAUCUUGCAAGGGGAUUCCCUUUCAGCAUGGCAUUUUCCCUUGACCAUUGCCUCUGGUUCCAUCAAACGAGAUUCAAUAUAAAUGAAUGGAUGUUGUGGGAACAAACUAGUGACUUUGCAGGCAACUCUCGUACUCACACUCGAGCCAGACUGUGGACUCGUACAGGUGAUUUGGUGAUGACAGCCGUUCAAGAGGGCCUCGCUCGACCUGUUCGCAAAGAUUCCUAG